UAGAAUGUCUAAAGCGGUGAUAUUUUAUUGUUUUCCUUUUCACGCAAAGAUCCUCAUUCCUCACUCUCUAUCUCUCUCGUCACACUCACACUCACACUCACACUCACACUCUCUCUCCUAAAAAAGAUAAACAAGCAAGCAAAAAAGAGAGGAGAGAGAGAGAUCAAGCGAGAACUCAAAAGCAGUGGGCACCGCCGUGGGUGCUGCUGCUGCUGUGGUGGGUUUCUUUUCAUUUUCUUAAGUGUUUCCCCAAAUUCCCCAAUUCAAAAAAAACCCCAAAAUGACCUCUCGACCCAUCACCGGCCCAAACCCUCCCUCCGCCGCCCCCAACCACCACCACUACUCAUCCUCCUCCUCCUCCUCCUCCGCCUCAUUCCGCGGCUGCUGCUGCUGCCUCUUCCUCCUCUUCUCCUUCCUCGCCCUCCUCGCCCUGGCCGUCGUCCUCGUGGUGGUCCUAGCCCUGAAGCCGAAGAAGCCAGACUUCGACCUCCAGCAGGUGGGCGUCCACUACAUGGGGAUCAGCCCCACCACCGCCUCCUCCUCCGCCGCCGUCUCGCUCGACAUCCGCAUGGUCUUCUCCGCCGCCAACGACAACAAGGUCGGGAUCAAGUACGGCGAGUCACGCUUCACCGUCAUGUACCGCGGCAUCCCCCUCGGCCGCGGCACCAUCCCCGGCUUCUACCAGCCUGCCCACAGCGUCCGCCGCAUCGAGACCCUCAUCGUCGUCGACCGCGUCAGCCUCCUCCAGGCCGACGCCGCCGAUUUGGUCAGAGACGCCUCCCUAAACGACCGGGUCGAAUUGCGGGUCGUCGGCGACGUCGGAGCGAAGAUCCGGAUCCUCGGCUUAACCUCACCCGGUGUUCAGGUGUCGGUGGAUUGCACAAUUGCCAUUAGCCCAAGAAAGCAAUCCCUAAUAUACAAGCAGUGUGGAUUCGACGGCCUCAGCGUCUGAUAUAUAUUCCCACCACUACUUUUUCUCUCUUUCUUCCUUUAAUUUCUCUCUCUAGAAAUAUUCAAAAAAAACCCGACAGAGAUGGAGAAUUGACAAAGUGAAUUCUCACAAAGUUGAAAGCAAAUUGAGAUGAUUGAGAAAGAUCUCGGAGGGGCUUCUGCAAAUUUUGUAUUCUUGUGUAAAGUUGAUGAUUCAAUGAUAUUUGUUUCCACACUCACCUUAACUCAUUCCUGCUACUUUGUUACUUUA